AGAUAUUAUUUAAAUUUUGUGAAUUUUUCAUCAAGUCAUCACAUACAGCUGCGAAAUGGAUAUUUUUUUCACAUCAUAACCUUUACCUUUGACCUUUAGAAGCACAGGUCACACAAGAUGGCGGCGCUCCUGGCGAGGUUGCGGGGAUGUUGGAUGGGGUCAUUAUGCCGUGGACCUGGGUUUCGCCAACAUCACAACAACAUCACAUCAUCCUCGCCAGUCGUCUGCAGGACGUUGUCUCUCUUGAGUCCAAAGGCUCAGACAUCAACAGGGGCACAGUUUAGUGCGUUGGGCAGAUGUAUACAGCGUAUGAAUGUGCACACCAACAGUAGGCCACUGCAUCACCCUUUUGUUGGAUCCUUGUGUGGAAGGAAAGUGUCACUUCUGAAUCCUGUGCAACCUAUGGUACAACAGCAACAUGUGAGAACCAAAAUCUACUUCAGCAGGAAAAGAGGAAGCCCAAAGACAGUGAAGGCAGUGAUAAAACGCUUCUAUAGACUUAAUUGUGGUCUCUGGAUACGGCGAAGGGCUGGCUACAAGAAGCACUUGUGGAAGAAAUCCGCAGCCAGAAAGUAUCGUCUUCGCCAACAUGUCUUCUGUAACAAGCAGCAAAACCGCCUGCUGGACAAGAUGGUCACCAAGUACUGGAAGCAACGCAAGUGGUACAUCGAUGACCCCUUUGAGAAGUACCACAUGAGGUACAAUGAGUUUACUGGAGAGCCAGGAAGAUAUUACAGUAAUGUGUACAGCACGCUUAACAACAUGAUCAGGCACAGGAAGUAUGUCAAGAAAGGGUACAGGGCAAAGCUACAAAAUGGUGGCAAGGUGACACAUUCUACUUAUUGGUCAUCUCCAAGUCAAUAGUCUUGUGAACAUGUUGUACUAGUAAUGUCUCUAGUGCAGAUACCCUUUGUUCUGAGGCAAGUACAUACAUGUGGCUUUGAAAAAUUAGUAUGUCGUACCCCAUAAGUCGACUUACUUACUCACUCAGCAUGAGAAUAUGGUGAUUUUGUCUUCAGAAUCAAGAGAAUAUGAAGAUUUGAUAUGACUAUAUUGUCAAAGAUGUGCUCAUGCAUGUAGUUCCCCCAAACACUGUAGAAAUGUGUGCAACAAAUCCUUCUUUAGAAAUAGAAUCACCAAGUCAUCUUGAAAUUAUGAGUUGAGUAAACAGUACCCUAAUGCACUGGUGACUGUUUCUAUCACUGUGGAAUAAAGUAAUGUGGUUGUGUACUGCAUGUUAUCAAUAAAGCACAAACCAA